AAUCGGAAUGGCGGAGCUGUGCGAAUGGGCUCCAAAGACCAACGGCACAGUCGUGUAGACAUCUUCCACCAGGCCUAUGUGGGGCCGCUGGAGGCUGUUCCCUGGGCAUCCACGUUCCUAGAGGAACAGGACAGGAGCCUGGUGGUCCAGCGGAGGCAGCCGGCAAAGAUGGAAACCCAUUCCCACACAGGUGGGGAGAUGCCUCUUGAACAACUGCUGGCACUUUAUGGGUACAACCUGUCUGAUCCUGUCCUGAAACAACAAAAGGACCCCUAUGAGCCGGCGGCCAGUUUUCCUGAAAUAGCACUGGACAAGGUUCAGAUAGGUAAGGAUCUACUCUCAAGAGGGAAGGAUGUGGAUAAAAAACAUCCCAUGUCUGAUGACCUCACGCUCUCUGUCACAUCCCAUAAUUCUGACCUCUUACAUCACCACCUGAGAGGUGAUGACAAAGACACUUCAGUCAGCUCCUCAGAAGACGACUCGGAAAGCAACUCCAGCGAUGGCCGCAAGGACAUUAUGGUGGGCUCCCAGUAUCAAGCUGUUAUUCCUUCUCUCUGUUCCUCAAAUAAUUAUAAUGAAAGAGGCUAUGAGUACGAGGACCAGUUGUUGUGGACCCCAGAUGUGCUGUCCAAUCCAACUGUGGAGGAGUUCUUGCUUGAAGUCCAGAGAAGAGGGAGUGACAAUGGAGCUACAAACACACUGACCACAGGGGACAUAGUCAAAGAUAAUGAGCAGGCUCUUUAUGAACUGGUGAAAUGCAACUUCAAUGCAGAAGAGUCACUUAGAAGAUUUCGAUUUAAUGUCAAGGUUUUUAGUGAAGAACUCUGUGGCUGGAGUGAGGAUGAGUGUCGUAACUUUGAGUACGGCUACCGUGCCCAUGGGAAGAACUUUCACCUCAUACAAGCCAACAAGGUCCGCACGCGCUCAGUAGGUGAAUGUGUAGAGUACUACUACAUGUGGAAGAAAUCAGAACGACAUGAGUAUUUCACACAGCAGGCCACCAAGCUGGGUCGGAAAAAGUGCAAUAUGCCAUCUGGGAACAUAGAGGAUGCUGAGCCUGAUGGAGAUAUUGAAGUGGAAGGUGCCACUCAAGGUUUGCCAAGUCAAUCUUCCGUUCAACUCCAACCUCCAUCACCACCUGAUGUCAUGGAGCUGGAUAAGCAAGGUUCUGAGCGACACUUUGGGGGGACAGAACUAUGUCCAGAUUCUGGCUGUAGCCCACAGGGGGAGCGGCUCUUUAGCCAAUUUUUGCCUCCCCUGCAAUUUUUCCAGACAUCUGUCAAAGAUCGUCCAGGCACGGCCUCCCAGUCCACCCAACUUUAUCUCCCCCCAGUACCCAGUAGCCACACCGAAGGGUCUUCCCAGCCAAUCUCAGGGCUCCCAGGAGCAGGUCUUUACCAGCUGCAACUGGGAUUUUUUUCUGAAGAUUUUGUACCUGCUUGCUAGGAGUAUGUCUCUAGAUCUCAGAUUGACUUUUACCGUACCUGUUUCACCUUUUGGUUAGCCCUUCCAUUGCCGUCCCAGACUUUGGGAUAAUCAGUAGCUUCCUAUGCCCACCCUCCACCAUCUGCUCCAAACCUAUCCAACUCCAUUGUUCACUAACACAGUGACUCAUCCUUUCACCAAUAAAACACAUUCCACAUAUAAGCAAAUAACUUUACAAAAACAAUGGAGAAGUAGUGCACCGGAGAUAAAGAAUGUUUUAAAGAACUCAAAGAUGGUACAAACCAUAACCUACAUUAAAUUGAAGCACACUUUAUUGGUGUGUGUUAUGGACUAGGUUUCCUGAAGGUGCCAGAAAUGGACAACUGAGAUCCAUGUCCAUAUAUCUUCGAUUAUCAUCGAAUUCAAUUUGGAGCAUUACACAGUGCUGUCUACAUCUUUUGGCAGAUUAUAGUGUUUGUAGGGGGUUGGUCAUCUCUCAGACUACUACAUGCAAUGAGAGUGUAUUUCAAAUAAACUACCUAAUUCCUGUUUUUGGGGGGGGGAAAUGGCAGCAUUCAUACAAAUACAAGAUGUUUUCAGUGAACAUGUCACUGAAGCUCAUUUUCAUUAUCUCUUAUAAAUUGUUUCUUUCAUUGCAUGUAGUUCUUAUAAGCUGAAAAAUGUGGCUAACUCAGGCUAAAACCUUUUAUUUUUUGUCAUUUUAAAGUUGCUUGUUUUUGUCAAAGAACAACAAAAGGAUAGUUCACCCAAAAAUUGAAAUUCUUUCAUCAUUUGCUCUCUCUCAUGUCAUUACAAACCUGUAUGAAUUUCUUUCUUCUGCAGAACACAAAACAAGAUAUUUUGAAGUACGCUGGUAACCAAUGAGAUUGAAUGGACAGAAAAAACACUUUCUCAAAAUAUCUUUUUCUAUCUAUUCUUUUGUGUCCACAGAAGAAAGAGAUAUAGACAGGUUUCAAACCACAUGAGGGUGAAUAAAUGAUGACAGAAUUUUUAUUUUUGGGUGAUCCUUCCCUUUAUGAAGAUACUAUCAACAAUGACCUUCUACGCUUCGUCCGGUUGUUUUCACAAUAUUCUUUGUGGGACUGUAGCUUUCCCAUUGUAGGUCCUCUUUGUGCAAUAAAGAAGUCAAGUUCCUCAGGGGGUCUGAUCGUUUCCCUCUCGGUCUGGUCCGUCAGUAUUUAUGUACUAAGUGUUUAAGAGGGUUUAUGAAUGGUUUUUCAUUAUAAGCUCCACACAUAUCUUGCCAACAAUCCUGGUUUGUCUGUGUUGUGACAUUUACAAGUCAAAUACUCUACUGCGGCAGAGUCACUGCAUUAAGUUUCUCAGGUUUUUCAGACAUUACGGAAACCUCUUGCUUUGUUGUAUUACCCAGAAUCCUUCACCACCAGAGAAACUGGAACAAUAUCCAGUGUAGUAUCUCAUUGACUUAAGGUGCCACUAACAGGACCUCUGUUAUUCAGGAAGGAAAGCUUCACAUGUCUUUAUCGCAUUGCAUACCCUCCAUUUCAUGUGUAUUUGUUUCCUGUUGCUUUUAAUCAUUUAGGACAGCUUUAAUGUUUUAGUUUACACAAUAUUCAGAAGAUACAAAAGGGAGACAAACACUGCCUUGCUUACGUGACUUUUUUAUUUUAGCAAUUUAUAUAUUACUGCUCCUGUUAUAUUGAUUUAUUGUCCUUGUUAUUAUAUUUUGUAAAUAAAAAAAGAUUAGCA